AUGCACGCCCGGUCGUACGUGAAAAAAAAACUCAGCCUCGGUAGUUUCAGCCGGAUACAUCAGCGGACCGCGUCCUUAAAAUCACUUGGCAUCCCUCUCAUUCCUCACGAGAGCUCUCUUCCUUCCGACCUCGAUCUCUUUUCCAUUUCUGAGAACGAGCCUGAGCUCCACGACCAUCCCGGUGGUGGUACAUUUGACGACCCGAAUAUCAUCGACAUGAGCGCUACUCAGGACCCAAUGCCAUCGACGUUGCCUCCACCUGUCACCCAGAAACGAUUUUCGCAGUAUUCGAUAGGCAAGGACAGACGCGACGGUGAAGAUGAUGAUGCUUCAGCUAUGGUGAGGUUGAAGAAACAUUUGUUGGCGGAAGUCGAUGGAGAGCAGUCCACGGCGCCCUUGUCUGUAUAUUGCUUUAUGACUGGUUUCAUUGACUCGGUUACAUUCUCUGCUAUAUUUGUCUGGUGCGCGUUCCAAACGGGAAACAGUGUACAACUGGCCCUUGCCCUUGCUCGCCUGUUCAACGGCCAACAUGACUACUCGUUCCAUAUCGCAGAUCGUCAAGCGCUGUGCUCAGUGCUCACGUUCAUAUUCGGGGCUUUCAUCGGCCGCCUCGGCGAUAAGUUUGGCUGCAAGACACGGUUAUGGCUAGCCCUCGGCACAUUCAUUCAGACCCUAUUUACGAUGGCGGCCGCCAUUGCGAUAUGGCAGAGCCAUCAGGGUAGCGUUGCUGAUGCGCGUGCCAAUCCCGCGUGGACCAAUACGUUGUCCUUCGUGUGCGUAGGGUUCAUGAGCGCGAGCAUGGGCUUGCAGGGCAUUAUGGGGAAGCGUGUCAAUACGCAGUUCACUACUACGGUUGUGCUCACGACGACUUGGUGUGAGCUCAUGGCUGACCCUAAGCUCUUUGACAUCCGACGAAUUGUCAUUUCGCGCGAUCACAAGAUUAUGGCGAUUGCCAGCCUGUUUUUGGGAGGUUUCGUCGGCCGUGUGUUGAUCGAUAGUGUUGGUUCGGCUGCUACGCUGGGUAUCGGUACAGGUAUCCGAUUGAUCAUCAGCGUAUGGUGGCUUUUCAUCCCGGCGAAGCAGGCUAAGAAGUGA